CGGGAAGGCGUCGGAAUGGCGGCUGUCGUCUAUCGACUGUUGCCCUUUGGGCUGGUCCUGGUGGCGGCGGCGGCGUAUACCUUUAAAAACUGCAUCGAAGAGAGGAACUCGAAUCGACGCAGCUUCAAAUGCAACCAGCGAAGGGAGACGAACAUCUCGGUCAUCAUGGACGACCUGCCGCACCACAUCGUCAAUCUCAGCAUUUUGGGCAACCCGAUCAGGUUCAUACCCGAUAAAGCCUUCGCCCGUUUCCAGGAACUUCGCCUACUUCGGUUGGACAACAACCGUCUGAGGGCCAUCGAGAGCUCCGCUUUCGGGGAACUGCGUCAACUCAGGUCCCUGAACUUGUCCUUCAACAACAUCUCCGAGCUGAGGCCUUCGCUGUUUGCCAGCUUGCACAAUCUGACCUUUCUCUCUCUGAGGGCCAAUCGACUCAAGCGGCUCGCGGGAGGAAUUUUCUCGGCCACGCCCGAGCUCUCCACUCUAAUGCUGCAGCAGAACCUCCUCGCCAACUUCACGGAAAUCGUCCGUUCCGUGUCCAACCUGAGCCACCUGUUUCAACUCAACCUCUGCCUCAACAACUUCACGUCUCUGCACCACAACCGCAUCCCGUUUCCUCAAUCCCUCUCCAAGUUGUAUCUGUGUCGAAACAACCUGUCCACGUUGGGAUGCGAGCGCUUCUUCCUGUCCGCCGUCAAGAUCUUGGAUCUGUCCUACAAUUCCCGACUGUCCGCCGAGGCUUUUCUGGACGUGGACCUGGCGCGGACCAACUACCUCAACUUGCACUCGACGGCGGUCGACGUGAUGACGCUGUUGAACAUCAGCAACAUCCACGUGGGCCACGUGGACUUCACGGGCACGGGGGUGAAAAACAACUCCCGGCUCCUGGCGCUGUGCGAGCUGCUGAGGCGCAAGGUGAAAAGUCUCAAGGCGCUGCGGCUGGGCAGCAACGGCAUCAGGGAAUUGAAAAGCGACACGCUGUCCCGUUGCCCGACAAUCAUAACAUCUCUGGAUCUGUCGGGAAAUCCUCUGAAGAACUCCCGAGACCAAAUCUUGAAUUGCCUGGGUUUCCUUGGCGAGAACCGGUAUUUCAAAAAACUGGUCCUGGAGCACAACCACCUGACCAACUUGUACUCCUGCCGGCAGGUGCGUCCUUUCCGGGAGUUGGAGGAGCUCAGUUUCCGUUACAACCGCAUCCUCAAGGUGUCCGCCUACGCCUUCGUUCACACGCCAAACGUCGGGACGCUGAAUUUAAACAUCAACACCAUCUCCUUUCUCAGCCAGAAAGCUCUCAAGGGGCUGCGCAGACUCAAGACCUUGCGUCUGGAUAACAACCUCCUCACUGACUUGUUCGACGACUCUUUUGAAGAUCUCUUUGCGCUGCAGACCCUCAACUUGCGCAACAAUCGCAUCUCGGUCAUCUUCGACCGGACGUUCCACCGCCUGGGCUAUCUGACCACGCUGGACCUCGGCGGGAACAAAAUCGCCCGGAUUCAUUCGGCGGGGUUUCAAGGACUGGGACGCCUCUCCAAGUUGUACCUGGACGGGAACAAGCUGAGACAGAUCGACAUGAGCCUCCACGCCGCCUUUCGGCACACGCUCACGGUGCUAGAUCUGGAGGAGAACUUCAUUCAGUUCUCCAGCAUGAACGCCAGCUCCCCGUUUGUGAACUUCAGCAGGCUGGGCGACUUGAAGCUGGGAGGCCAGCGUCCUUAUGGCCUCACCCACUUGCCGCACAAGCUGUUCCGCGGCCUCGGCAGGCUCACCUCCCUUUAUCUCACCAACAAUCAAAUCUCGUACUUUGCCGCCGACGCCUUGGACGAGCUGACGGACCUGCGUUUCCUCACGCUGGACAAGUGCUGCGACGUGAACAUCAGGCUGCCGCCGGGGGUUUUUAAGAACCUGCGCAACUUGACCAAGUUGACUCUGGAGAACGCCGGCAUCCAGAACUUCUCCGGGAAGGUGUUUGGCAACCUGAGCGGCUUGCAGACCUUGCAGCUCACCCACAACGGCAUCCAAAGCCUCGACGUGGACGUGUUGAACGGUCUGCCCCGCCUGCGCUACUUGGACAUCCGCCAUCUUCCGCUCAGCUGCACUUGCCUCAACAGCUUGCUUCAGAACUGGACGGUGCACAACGACAGGGUCCAAGUGGUUUACGUCUACAAUCUGCCGUGCCAGGAGGGCGAGAAGAGCAACUUCUACAACUUUGAAACCGACGUGUGCUACAUCGACCUGGGCAAGUAUCUCUUCUUCAGCACGUCCGCCGCCGUCGCCCUGUUGGCCGCCGUCCCGCUGCUUUACGUCAAACUCUACUGGAAAAUCAAAUACGGCUACUACGCCUUUCGCUCCUGGUUCGGCGAGCGCUGGCGCAGGUUCCGAGAGGAGGAAGAGAAUUGCGCCUACGACGCCUUCGUGUCGUACAACUCCAACGACGAGGACUGGGUCAUGCUGCAGCUGCUGCCCAACCUGGAGGGCAAUGGCUCGUCCUUGAAACUGUGCCUGCAUCACCGCGACUUCGAGCCCGGCCGGGACAUCGUGGACAACAUCGUGGCGGCUGUGUACAGCAGUCGCAAGACCAUCUGCGUGGUGAGCCGCAAUUUCCUCCAAAGCGAGUGGUGCUCUCUGGAGAUCCAGCUGGCCAGCUACCGGCUCUUCGACGAACACCGCGACGUGCUCCUGCUCGUCUUCCUGGAGCCCGUCACCGAACGCCAAAUAUCUUCCUUCCACCGCAUGAGGAAGGUCAUGCUGAAGAAGACGUACCUGCAGUGGCCCGCCUCGGAUUGCGUCGACCCCGAGCAAGCCCGCGAGCUGUUCUGGAGUCAGCUGCGGCGUGCCGUCAAGGCGGGGAGCAAACCCGAGACGGAGGAGAAUGAAGAAACUCGGGCGGCGGCGGCGCCGGACAAGGACGAUUUGGGAGAUUCGGACACUCAGACUCUCAUAGCGGAUGGACAUUUUUACACGGAUUAAAUAGUUGGUGUAGAUUCUCAGUCAUCCGGUUCAUUUAAUCUGCAGAAGGUGAAUUGAGAACAGCGUCAUUUUAGCAGCAACUACAAAAACAUGGUCCUCUCAUCCUUGAUAUUUUUGGGCUCAUUUGAAUGAACAUAGGUCACAGACACCCGGG